AUGGAGUCAGAAUCAUCCAAGAACGCAAUGAAUGGUUUCUCAUUUGAGUCUUCGACCGCGGCGACCGAGCCCGUCGGUGUUCUAGAAGAGAGAAUUGAAGUACGGUGGCUAAAUACUGAGGAAUCUACUCAGGAUUUGCGGAAAAUAGACACCGAGAAAGUCAAGCGUGCCGAAGAAGACAUGAGAGACUACAAAGAUUAUGUGGAUAAGCUCUGUUUUCGCCUCCCACGAUCCUUCGAACGUCUGAAGAAGUUCUUGGAAAGAGGCAACUGCACAUGCACCCCCGAUUGUCAAUGCUUUUACAGAGCUACCAAAGAGGAUUGGGGAUCUUGCACGUGUGUUACCACAGGAGGUAACUGCGACUGUACCGAAAUAGUGGACACCAACGAAAAGGAUCCCCGGACCAAGAAACACAAGACAAGGAGAACGUGCUACUGUCCGAGAAGGGCUUAUUGUGCCACCAGAAUUCCAGAUCAGCUGGAGAACCCAGCAGUGCAGGAUUUUGUGAGGAUAUACUCUAUCAACCCAAAGCAGGAAUCCAAUUGGGAUGAGUUCUUGAAAGUGGAUGAGUAUCGUGCAAGUAACCCCACAGAUUUUCGAAGGCUUCAGAUGCGGCUGUAUACGGAUCCCCAUUUUCAGUCCCGGAGGAGUCGGCAGAAGCGUGUAUCAGCUGAAAACGAGUUGGAGACUCAGGAUGAAGAACUUUUCCCCAAGGACGAAUGCCAAAUCAUCACAGUGAGCCAUCUCAGCCCGAUUAUUACCCAACUCCUAGGAGCAAAAUUCCAAAUUUCCGCGGACUUUUUCAACCGUCACCUCCCUGGAACGGAAGCUAUUUCUGGGAGACUCGUAUCCAGGCUACCGUCAUCAGUACAAAUAGAUUUUGAUGAAAUCUAUGAAAGUAGUCUAAGAGCGGGCGAAAUAUGGCCGCAAGCAAAGCUCGAAACGCAAGAUGACUACGCUAUCGAAGGGCACAAUACUAUCAGAGAAAAUAUCGAAAAGCACUUUCUAUUUCCAGUUGGGUGGGACCACUUCCCCAUCUCGAGACAAGAUUUCAUAGCCAGCACAACCAAUGUCGGCUUAAAGUCUGGUUACGAAGUCUUGCUAAAGGACCAUAACGACAAGAUGAAGAAUGUCUUCCAAUUCAAUCUUUUACAUCGGAUAUCAAUCUAUUCUGAACCCGUUGGUCAUCCACGAACAGCGAUUAUAAUAUUUUAUCCGACACUACCGGUCCAUGCGCCAGGGGUUGCCAAAAAAGCACAGGAAAAAGGUCUACCUGUUGACGAGCAGCCGUGCGAAUGUAGCCUCCACCCUAACGAGAAAGCAAUCCGCUUCCGAUCCAUCCCAAACGCAAUCCCCACGCCUCCAGAUUUUCACGCGAUCGAGAAUGACAAGGAGCUAAAAUGUUGGGAGGUUCAACGACAAAAGCAAGCUUUUGCGUCUGCAUACGACAUUGUGUUAAAAAUCCAGCUUAAAAAUUGCUUUAACGAAAACCGAAAGAGGCCGAAAUCGAAGCAAACCAUCCUGAAAGAGCGGUUUGGUCCUAAUGGCAGCGACACUAGCACCAAUCAUAAGUCGAAAUCGACAGAUGUUGAUAAAUUUAUUCGAAUAUUCGCGGCUCCAGUGUUCCGCCUUGUUUCUGCGAACUGGGCACGCCUUGUCGUUCGGCGAAGCUUUGAUCUCGACUUGUUGGAAUGGCGAUCCUCAAACUGCCUUCGAAGCACUACAGUGGAAGAGAUCAAGUCGAGGCGGGUGGCCAUCACUCGGCAUCAGAGGGAUAUCAACGCAAGUAUCGACAUUCUUCAUUCUCUGGCAUGGGGAGAGCGGCAUCGUGACCUGGAGGAAACCCACCAAUCACUUCCAUCGAUUAAUCUAGGCCGCCCAAACGGCUUUCUCAAAGAGAAUGAAGAUCCGGACUCUUGGUGGAGUAUCUAUUGGGACUUUUAUGAACUGAAGCAAUCUAUGGACGCCCUCGAAAAAAGAGCAACCAAGAUUUACGAUAGCCUGGUGGGAGAGAUUCAAGUCGUCAGUCUGGAGAACUCGGAGAGCUGCAGCAGACGCGCUCAGACUCUGAAUAGAGUUGCGUUUCUCUUCACACUCAUUCUGCUGCCGUUCACCGCCGUCCCUGCAGUCUACCAAACGACAAAAGGCAAGGAUGCGCCGGCGGACGGCGCCAGCUUUGCUAGAUGGAUCUGCUAUUGCAUCCUUAUCGUCUUUGCAGUAAUGGUCAGCUUUGUCAUGCUCUUUGAUCUCUGGGACAUGGACUACCUGCAUCAGCAUGGUUGGAUAAGGCCCAUCAAAUCACGGUGGGAACAUGUCAAGGAAUAUUUGGUGGAAAGGGACGCAUGGAAAGGAGUGAUUCAAAAUGUGAACGACCAGCGAGGUUGGCACGAGCGCAACUGGCCUGCACUCUCGUCAUUACCAGGUUUCCGCUGGUGCCGAAGGUUCGAGCCACGGCUGCCACCUGGAGACCCAGUGGACACAUUGCCUUGA